AUGGCGGAAUCGGCGGUGAAAAUCAUCAAGGGUGGCUUGGGGAAGUAUGCUCUGGUGGUCCUUGAUGGAUUGAUCAAACAUGUCUUAUCGGCGUUUGAGAGUGACUCGAGUGACCAAGACAAAGUCUCAAUUGAAAUUGCAAAACGCUAUAUCAAGGCAGAGAACUGUAAGAAUAUGGACUGGAAAGUGCACGCCGAGUGGGACAGGUAG